AUGGGCCCCAAGGUACAAACAGUAAUCGAUACAAUACAAGCACAAUACCGCUACUUAUAUGGGCAAUCUGAUCUAGCGGCGCCUGUUUACGCACCAAUUUAUCAACUCCCACCUCCAAUGCGCGGCCACCUACCCAAAUCAUCGACGGACGAAAUCGUGGCAGCUACAACCAUUGUACGACAAAAAAAUGGGAAACCAAUACUUACCACUCCUCUGAACAUGGUCGAUGCAGAUCGUGCAACAGAAAAGCGCCGUGGGAUAGUGGAUAUCCGAAAACGGGGUUCCACGGAAGCUAUCGCUGUGAACGAAAAACGAGCAAAUUCGUGA